CCGAAAGAGGAGCCCCAAGAAGCUUCUUUUUCUCUCUCUCCAAUGGCGCUACAAAUCUCCUCCCUUUAAGAUAAAACCCCUUCCUUCUUAUAUUUUCUUCUCCACUGUCUCUCACUUCCCUCUCUCGCUCCCUGCUUCAACAAUCGUCUCUUUCACCAGCAAGCUCCAGCCUCCACAUUUAAGCCCAGAAAGCAAUGGGAUUCUCAGCUGGGAAAAGAAAAUCACGAGAUGAAGAAGAUACAUUGUUGAGCUUAGCUUCCGAUAGUUUCCCCAUUGAUGACCUCAGCGACGACGUCCUCGAGAGAGUCCUCUCAUGGCUACCAACCUCCUGCUUCUUCCGUAUGAGCUCCGUCUGCAAGAGAUGGAAAUCCACCCAAUCCUCCAAAAGCUUCAACCUCGCUUGCUCCCAAAUCCCUCGCCGAGAUCCUUGGUUCUUCAUGAUCGGUGACGAUUCUUCCGAUUCCUCCUUCGUUUUCGACUCCACCGAGAACAACUGGAAAAACCUCAACCGCCGCCACAACCUCCACCGCCGCGAUUUCAUCCCCGUCGCUUCCUCCGGCGGCUUGCUCUGUUUCCGCUGCUCCAUCUCCGGCGAUUUCCUCCUCCGUAAUCCCCUCACAGGUUCCUCCCGCGACCUUCCUUCUCCAAUCUCUCGAGACGAUAAUAACAAUAACAAACCCCUCCAAGCCGUAGCCAUGGCCACCGUCACUCCCUCAAGCUACAAGCUCGUUACAAUCUCCGGUGAAACCCCAAAUCUCAGCUUUCGAUUCUACGAAUCAAAUUCCGGUUCGUGGAGCAAAGAAUCGGAUUUGGUGAAGAAUAAUACAGACGAAGAGUACAACGAUUCAUCACAUGAUGAUGAUGAGACUGGAACAGUCUACUUUCUAAGCAAAACGGGAAAUGUGGUGGUGGCGAGUAACAAUCUCCAGAGAAGCCCAUCGAAGCUAUACUCUUCCGUUAUUACCAUUAAAGACAACGUAGAAAUCGUCUACUUUCUCAGCUCUUAUGGAACAAUCAUAUCUUGUAAUCUCACCAAAAGAUGCUUCACCGAGCUGCCAAAACUUCUUCCUCCAUGCCUAGAGUAUUCCAUCGACUUGGUGGAAUGUAGUGGAACCAUGUUUGUGAUUCUUCUCUCUGAGUUUUACGAAAGCGCCAGCUUAAGGAUCUGGAAACUAGAGAAACAGGAAUGGGUUCAUGUCGGGAUGUUGCCUCCUGCGAUGUCUCAUGAGUUAUACGGCAGAAAAGGCGACAUAAACUGCGUUGGAGGAGCUGGAAACAAGAUACUUGUGUGCUUCAAUGCAAGCCCUCCUGAGGUGUAUUAUAGAUACUUUGUGUAUGAUUUAGUUUCACAAGAGUGGACUGAUUUGCCAAGCUGCUUCAAGGAUGGAGAAGCUGUGGAUUUCGUUUCUGCUCUCUCGUUCCAGCCUCGGAUCGAAGCAACAGUUUGAAGUUUAGCUUUUCUUGUUUUAUGGAUUAGGUUCAGUGAUUUGUAAGUGUAUUCUUUUCAGGAUUGUGCAAUGUAACUUGAUUUUUAAAA